AGUGGUUUUGGCGAGUCAGAAAUAACAGGGUGAUGGAUGGAUACCCCAUGCAGAUUACCUACUUCUGGAGGGGGCUGCCUCCAAGCAUUGAUGCAGUUUAUGAAAACAGUGAUGGAAACUUUGUUUUCUUUAAAGGUAACAAGUUUUGGGUCUUCAAGGAUACCACUCUCCAGCCAGGGUAUCCUCAUGAUUUGAUAUCAUUAGGAAGUGGUAUUCCUCCUCAUGGUAUUGAUUCAGCAAUUUGGUGGGAGGAUGUUGGGAAAACCUACUUCUUCAAAGGAGAGAGGUACUGGAGAUACAGUGAAGACAUAGGAACUAUGGACCCAGGUUACCCCAAAUCGAUCACAAUCUGGAAAGGUAUCCCAGAAUCACCUCAGGGAGCCUUUGUUCACAAAGAAAAUGGCUUCACCUAUUUCUACAAAGGCAAAGAAUACUGGAAAUUCAACAAUCAAAUGCUCCGGGUAGAACCGGGGUAUCCCAGAUCCAUCCUCAAGGAUUUCAUGGGCUGUGAUGGACCAGCAGACCGGAACAAAGACCGACACAGCCCUCAAGAUGAUGUAGACAUUGUCAUCAAACUGGACAAUACAGCCAGCACUGUGAAAGCUAUAGCCAUUGUCAUUCCCUGCAUACUGGCCCUGUGCCUCCUUGUCUUGGUUUACACUGUGUUCCAGUUCAAGAGGAAAGGAACACCCCGCCACAUACUUUACUGCAAACGCUCUAUGCAAGAGUGGGUGUGAUGUAGGGAUUUUUUUUCCCCUUCUUUUCUCCCAGGAGUUAGUGGUAACAUGAAAUCCAACAAAAGAGCUGUUACGGAGUUUCCUACCAAGGAGCAGGCAUGUGUCUGUCUCAGCCAGGGCUGAUCUUUAAAAUCCAGGGGGCUGCUGGUCCUGCACAUGAGUGAGAAUUUUCUCCAGUAGGAAGUUUCAAUCGUACACAGUACCUGUCGUUUCUCCAGUCCUUCGUCUGUCUUUGUCAUUCAGUUCCAGCCUUUCCUCUGCACGCUCAAUAUACCCAAUGCAAAACGAUCAGGAUAUUCAUAAAAAAGAACAACAUGAAAAAAAGAUGAAUCUCUGGUGUCCCAGUUGGGUCUGUCUGUCUUUCUUUCUUUCUUUCUUUCUUUCUUUCUUUCUUUCUUUCUUUCUUUCUUUCUUUCUUUCUUUCUUUCUUUCUCUCCCUCCUUUAAAGCUUGCUCCCCUUUGAAAGAGUUUUGUGUGAGGUUAAAAAAAAAAGAAAAUAUAUAAUCAUUUUUUAAAGAGAAAAGAUAGAGCAACUAAAACACAACAAUCACAAUGGAACUUUCAGGAAGUGUGAAGACCCAAAACAGCUUUGUCUCCAAAGAGGAUUGCUUUCUGUCAGCUACAGAUAUAGUCCUAUACUCCUACACAUUAUUUUUAUCAAGUGGGAGAUCAGGAUGACAUACAGGAAUUCUGACUGUUUGGACAGCCAUUUUCCAACAAACAAGGGGCCAAAAUAUCUGCAAUAUAGUAACAGCCUUAAUAAUAAAUUCAUUUUGUGAUUUAUACAACUGUUCUGAGCUAUGUCCUCAAUGUUUUAACACAUUUAUAUUCAUUACUAUAUUCAGAGAGUAUCCUUUUUAUUGAUUGGUUUAGCAUUUAUUGGUUUCUCAUCUCUCCUCUUCCUCCUCUUUUCUCCAGAAUUGUACCAGGCAAGUUGGUCCCAGACUUUCCAUAAGCCUCUCAGAAACCUUAUUUUGAAACCAGAGUAGAAACUAGCAAGUCCCCGAAGUAAG